AUGGAGUCUUUAACGGACGACAACAGCGAUGGUGGCGAAUUCGAGGCUGAAUAUGCCUCCUACACCUGUGAGAAUGAGAUUGAGCAGAUGACACAAGCUACCAACAACUUCAAUCUCUCAUCUGAGAGUCCAGGCAAUGGGAUUAAGCCUGCUACAUCUGACCAAGACCAGGCACGCAUUCCAAGAAAAUCGAUAGACAAGCUCCCUAUCACGUACCAGUUAAUGACACUGAUAAAUGAGGCCAAGUUCAACGGCAGCAUCAUCACAACCUGGUUCGGACAUCACGACUUCGCCGCUCGACCAUCCCGCCAGAUAGCACGAGGCGGCUACUUUCAAACCCGAUACGCUGAGAGUCUCGGCGUAGCUAAAUAUCCUCUUCUUGCCACAGAAUCGAAGGAAAUAUCGGAACGGAGCUACAAAGCCUUGGCCAACGAGCUGCGCGUUCUAUCACACCCACCUCUUAUGGAACAUGAAAAUAUUGUCAACAUCAAGACAAUCGGUUGGACUAAACUGGAUGCCUUGGCAGCAGCAUGGAUGCCCAUGAUUGUGCUGGAGCUGGCAGAUCUAGGAACGCUCACCGAAUAUCUUUCUGAGCAGAAGCUAGGCGUUGAUUCGAAACUACAAAUUGCACGCGAUGUUGGGACUGGUCUGCAGGCGCUUCAUGCUUGUGGUAUAAUGCACGGCGACCUCAAGCUUGACAAUGUCUUGAUGUUUAAGUGUCGGGAUGGCAAGAUAAAAGCCAAACUCUGCGAUUUUGGAUGCUCCUACAUCGCAACUGGCACCGAGAGGCAAUAUGACAAGAUCGGGAUCGGUGCAGGGACGAAGCCGUGGAACUCGCCCGAGCUAUACAAGCAGGUCCCGUUCCCUUACUUACAUUGUGUCGACACCUACUCAUUCGGCCUGCUGGUCUGGAGAGUGCUCUUGAAUGGUCGGAAUCCUUUCGAUGGACUAGAACAGCAGGAAAUCGAUAAAAGAAAAGCACGGGAUGCAAUUCUUUUGGAUGCUUCAUUAUCCGUUGAGGACGAAUAUGACAGGGACAUAGUCCUUCGAGGCGCAGUUUCUAGUACUGACAGGGCUCAUCUCUACAUGCGUGGUGUCGCUAUGCCGAAAAGUUGUUUCCGACAUACGCUGUCGUCGGCGAUGGAGAAGCGAGAUUUGGAUGCUGCAAUGGAUAGCCUCUCCUUCCAAAGUGUAUACGGCAUACUCGCACAAGCCAAAGUCUGUCGAGUUGGGACCCACACUGUCGUCGGUGAGUAA